GGGACGGGCCCAAUACAAACUGAUGACGUUUUGGUGUAAGGAUAGCACUGUGAUGGCCUCAUGUCACAAUACAACGAGGUGAAGUUCUGUCACGACAUCACCAGGAUGAUGCAGCAAGAUGAUGUCACCUCCGCACAACACCACAACCGGCUCCAAGAGUGACGUCAUCUCUCUGCCCCGCAAGGUUGCGAUGACGCAUGAAUAGUACGUGGGGAGAAGCUCCUCCCCCGUUCCCCUCCCCGACGCUGGCGGCAGUGACACAGCCCAGCUCCGCGCGCGCGCUCGCUCCCUGCUGCAGGAUGGCUGCUCCGCCGCGCUGGUGGCGGCGACUCCGCUUGGUGCCGGUGGCGGCCCUGCUGCUGCUCCUGCUCCCGGGCCCAGGCCCGGCCGGCGCCGCCCAGCUCUCCAGGUGGCGGCUGCCGGUGCCUAUGGGGAAGAAGUUUUUUCAUUUUGAAAAGGUUCUCUUCAGCAACACCACAAUUUUCCUGAAGUUUGAAGGAGACGAGAAGGCUUGUGAUCCCUUGCAGGGUUACAAUGUUACCUGGUACUUUAGACAUUCUGAUUGCUACAAUGAAGUCUCCAACUUUGGGGAUGAUCAAGCAGCAUCUUAUUUUGGAGCCACUGCUGAAGCACAUACAGGUUGGUCAGGAUCCUACGCCAUGGCUUCACUCUUCUUCCCCAACUGUUCUGAGCUCUUCAAACCACAGAUUUUCUAUAAAGAGUAUAUUCCCCUAGAACACCUCUCAGAUGAAAAACAAGAGAGUUUAAAAGAUAAGGAGAAUGCAACAAACCACACAAUGGUGGCAGAGAAAACUGCAAGGAAUGCUGUGAUCCAAACCCGGAAAGAUGGGCCAUAUAUCUUCAUUGUGCAAAUUGGGAUUUCAGCCUUGAAGGAGUCUAGUAUCAACAUGAAAAGGAGGGAGAUAACAGCACCCUCCUCUGAUCCAAAAGAGAGUCUCUUUACAAUGACUGUGGAACUGAAGGGUCCAUAUGAGUACCUCUCUCUUGCAGACUAUCCUCUCAUGAUUUUUUUCAUGGUGAUGUGUAUCGUGUAUGUGUUCUUUGGAGUUCUGUGGCUUGCAUGGUCAGCCUGUUAUUGGCGGGAUCUCCUGAGGAUCCAGUUCUGGAUUGGUGCGGUUAUCUUCCUGGGAAUGCUGGAGAAAGCAGUCUUCUAUGCAGAAUUCCAGAACAUCCGCUACACGGGAGAAUCUGUCCAAGGUGCACUGAUACUUGCAGAGCUGCUUUCUGCAGUGAAACGUUCACUGGCUCGAACUCUGGUCAUCAUCGUCAGCCUGGGAUACGGGAUAGUUAAGCCUCGUCUUGGAGUCACUCUUCACAAAGUAGUUACGGCUGGAGUGCUCUAUUUAUUAUUUUCUGGCAUGGAAGGUGUCCUUAGAGUCACAGGGCUUUUCUAUGGCGCUAUGGCUCUGAUAGCUAACUUGGGUCUAUCAGUGAUUGAUGCCUGUAUUAUUUUAUGGAUAUUCAUCAGCCUGACUCAAACGAUGAAGCUGCUAAAACUUCGGAGGAACAUUGUGAAACUCUCUCUUUACCGGCACUUCACCAACACUCUUAUCUUGGCAGUAGCAGCAUCUAUUGUAUUUAUCAUCUGGACCACCAUGAAGUUCAGGCUGGUGGAUUGUCAGUUGGACUGGCAGGAGCUGUGGGUGGAUGAUGCCAUCUGGCGACUGUUGUUCUCAAUGAUCCUUUUUGUCAUCAUGGUUCUGUGGAGGCCGUCUGCCAACAACCAAAGGUUUGCUUUCUCACCGUUGUCUGAGGAAGAUGAUGAUGAACAGAAAGAGCCCAUGUUAAAUGAAAGCUUUGAGGGAAUGAAAAUGAGAAGUACAAAACAAGAACCAAAUGGAAAUAUGAAAGCAAACAAAGCUCAGGAAGAUGAUCUGAAGUGGGUAGAAGAGAAUGUUCCUUCUUCAGUGACUGAUGUUGCUCUCCCAGCCCUUCUGGAUUCAGAUGAGGAAAGAAUGAUUACACACUUUGAAAGGUCCAAAAUGGAGUGAAGAAGCAGCUUAUUGAAAGUUCUGUUUCCCGUAGGCUGCCCAGUGGAUCAGGUGCAUCCUGCUGAUCUCUCUCGAUCUUCACCUUUGGAACUGGACACUGUAUUUGAGUGAGGGCAUCUUACACAGUUCACUGUGGAAGAGGUUCGCAAGGACAUUGAUAAACCUUUGGAAAAUGUUUGAAUUUACGGUGUUGCUGCAAGUUUGGAUUUUUAAGUGAUUUAAAUGUGUGUUCCAGCACCUUCUGUAACUUUCUUCAGAUAUUUAAUCUGUCAAACUAAAAGUCCUAACAUCUGACUGAGGGACUAUGAAUUCAAUGUUACAGUUAACUUCCACAGGUCAACUACCUGUUUUUGGUGGAGGGUAGUAGAAGUUGGUGAAGAGUUAGUUUAGAACAAGCUUCCCAUUUUAUUGGAAAUAAUGGCUAAUAGAUGGAGACUGCACAGCUGGCUUAGAAGGAGAGGAAUUUUUUGAGUAAGAAGCCCCAGUAUUUGAAGGAAAUCAGGAAAUCAGUUAAGAUACCAAAAAGGAAAUAUUUGAAAAAGUUACAAUAUUGAUGUUUUUAACAAAACCAAGUGCAAUUUUAUUAACACUGUGUAGGAAAGAUUUUCUAUUUUAAAUGUCAUUGACCUAGGAGCAACAGUUGCAUAACUUUAGCAUUUGUUGUGGCACACCUCAUUGCCGGCAAUGUGGUGGAUGCCUGAAAAAUGACCUACCCAUACCUUCAAAGUGUUGCGUGGCCUAAUAAAAACUUCCUGCAACA